AUGUCGCCUGCUCGGAAGUUGUCCGGGCUACAACGGGAUGUCCUGGCGUUGUACAGGCGGGCCCUCCGGAUGGUGCGCACGAAGCCACCAGUUGUCCAGCCUAAGUUCCGUCUCUUCGUCCGCUACACCUUCCAUGCCCAGGCCCGUGCCGUGUCGCCUCGGAACAUAAGUGCAAUUGAGCACUUGCUGAGAAGAGGCCGCAAUCAGUUGGAAAUGUACGAGCAAAGUCAAGUGAGAGACUGUUGGGUCUCGAAGCAGAUGAGAGAUUGGGAAGAAAGGGAAAAGGCUACGACCGCUCUACGGCAGUGAUGAUCCUGCGUUGCCCGUUUAUUAUGACUUCACGCGCGAAAGGUUUUGGUGCUUACUUCCGAAAAACCUUGCGCCGUUCUAACCACUUAUGCACAUGACCGACCGGAGACAGGUAUAAGAUCAGUCGAAGGGAGCAUCU